UUUCACAAUUCCUGACAUUUAAUCCUAGUAAAAAUUCCCUGUCUUAGGUCAGUUAGGAUCAGCACUUUAUUUUAAGAAUGUGAAAUGUCCGAAUAAUAGUAGAGAGAAUGUUUUAUUUCAGCUUUUAUUUAUUUCAUCACAUUCCCAGUGGGUCAGAAGUUUACAUACACUCAAUUAGUAUUUGGUAGCAUUGCCUUUAAAUUGUUUAACUUGGGUCAAACGUUUCGGGUAGCCUUCCACAAGCUUCCCACAAUAAGUUGGGUGAAUUGUGGCCCAUUCCUCCUGACAGAGCUGGUGUAACUGAGUCAGGUUUGUAGGCCUCCUUGCUCCCACACGCUUUUUCAGUUCUGCCCACAAAUGUUCUAUUGGAUUAAGGUCAGGGCUUUGUGAUGGCCACUCCAAUACCUUGACUUUGUUGUCCUUAAGCCAUUUUGCUACAACUUUGGAAGUAUGCUUGGGGUCAUAGUCCACUUGAAAGACCCAUUUGCGACCAAGCUUUAACUUCCUGACUGAUGUCUUGAGAUGUUGCUUCAAUAUAUCCACAUAAUUUUCCUUCCUCAUGAUGCAGUCUAUUUUGUGAAGUGCACCAGUCCCUCCUGCAGCAAAGCACCCCCACAUCAUGAUGCUGCCACCCUGUGCUUCACGGUUGAGAUGGUGUUCUUCGGCUUGCAAGCCACCCCCUUUUUCCUCCAAACAUAACGAUGGUCAUUAUGGCCAAACAGUUCUAUUUUUGUUUCAUCAGACCAGAGGACAUUUCUCCAAAAAGUACGACCUUUGUCCCCAUGUGCAGUUGCAUACCAUAGUCUGGCUUUUUUAUGGUGGCUUUGGAGCAGUGGCUUCUUCCUUGCUGAGCGGCCUUUCAGGUUAUGUCGAUAUAUAGGACUCGUUUUACUGUGGAUAUAGAUACUUUUGUACCUGUUUCCUCCAGCAUCUUCACAAGGUCCAUUGCUGUUGUUCUGGGAUUGAUUUGCACUUUUCUCACCAAAGUACGUUCAUCUCUAGGAGACAGAACGCGUCUCCUUCCUGAGUGGUAUGACGGCUGCGUGGUCCCAUGGUGUUUAUACUUGCGUACUAUUGUUUGUACAGAUGGUCGUGGUACCUUCAGGCGUUUGGAAAUUGCUCCCAAGGAUGAACCAAACUUGUGGAGGUCUACAAUUUUCUUUCUGAGGUCUUGGCUGAUUUUUUUGAUUUUCCCAUGAUGUCAAGCAAAGAAGCACUGAGUUUGAAGGUAGGCCUUGAAAUACAUCCACAGGUACACCUCCAAUUGAUUCAAAUGAUGUCAAUUUGCCUAUCAGAAGUUUCUAAACCAUGACAUCAUUUUCUGGAAUUUUCCAAGCUGUUUAAAGGCACAGUCAACUUAGUGUAUGUAAACUUCUGACCCACCGGAAUUGUGAUACAGUAAAUUAUAAGUGAAAUAAUCUGUAAACAAUUGUUGGAAAAAUUACUUGUGUCAUGCACAAAGUAGAUGUCCUAACCGACUUGCCAAAACUAUAGUUUGUUAACAAGAAAUGUGUGGGUGGUUGAAAAACGAGUUUUAAUGACUCCAACCUAAGUGAAUGUAAACUUCCGACUUCAACUGUAUGGCAAUGGUCUAUUUGCAUAUAGGCCUACUGUAGCUCUGAUUGUUUAUGCCGCGCCGGUCUGUGUAGAGUACGGGCUGAGUCGUAUGUGUCAAUGCAAAAGAAUCCUACUCCGAUGCGUUCUGUCUACAACAAAAUCGCUUGCAUAGUUUGGUUUGUUUCGGUAUGUUGCAUUGAAAGUGGCUAAUAUGGCGUUGAUUCUAUCACAAUUGCCACAGUAAAGGGAAACAUUGAUAGUGUUAACAGGGAAAACUCUAGAACAGUGGUCACCAACCUUUUCUGAGUCAAGAUGACUUUCUGAAUCAAAAUGCAAGCCGAGCUCUACUGCUCAGAUUUUUUUUCAACAUUACUUAAAAAACGUAUGCAUAUGCAACAUUAACCAAUUAAAAAGAGUACUGCAGCAACAAGGUUUGUGCAGUAAGCUAUAGGCCCAAUACAUUAGCACUGCAUAUUGGCUUUGCUUGAAUUGUUGUUCGGGCCAGUUUUUUAAAUUAUAUUUCAAAAUUUGAGGUAGGCUAUAUGAUCACACGGGUAAUAGAUCCAUUGUUGUAUUACUUGUGAGGCACAGCUGAGUGACAAUACAUUUAAAUAAUUUGUUUUUUAUUUUUAUUUUACUGGGCUGAUGGUGCCUGCAUCUGAUGGUCAGUCUCAGCGGAGGGAGAGAGCAGUAGACUGAGGGUCCGCCUCUCAACAUCCCUCCGCUCUCCCUUUGCUCCACUGACACUGACCAAAAAGGGACACCGUCUUCCAGCUGAUGGUGAAACUCGAGUCGCACCGCAUGCACAAAUUCAUGUUGUUACUCCUAUGAACAGAGAAAGUGAAAUAUUCCUCUAAAUGAAAAAAAAACAAGCCGCUAAUAAUAACAACAAUGCAAGCCUAUUGAUACACUUUCCUAUGCAUUCAUUACUGCUGCAGUGCUUGUUGUAGCGCUGAGUGGAAGUAGGAAGAACGCGCAAUUUAUGGCUUAUAAAAGUGUUGAAUACAAUGUGUUGACAGUGCUGAGUAAGAACUUAAAUAUGAACUCACUCAUAAAAACAGCAGCUCUUUGCUGUAUUCGUUGACAGUCUCUCUCUAGUCAUGGUUUUAAACGUUUUGAAAUCUCACAGUAUCCACUUUGCUGUAGCUUUCUUUUAUGUCUGCUACGUUACUGCAGACAUGGUAAUCUGAGCCAUUCAAUUGGCCUGCGGUAGGCCUAUAGUGCACUUGAUUUGCUCUCUGGGCCCGCCGGGAAGGCAGAGUUUGUACCUUCAGACACAUGACAUGGUUAAAAAUGGCAAGAGUUUGCCUACCCAGCGCGCAGGGCUGUUGAAUCCGGUGCACCUACCGCAAACAGCCCAAGACAAAUAAAUUAUUGUUGGGUUUUUUACAGAAAUGUUUGGCGAUCUACUAGAAAUGCCUUGGAGAUCGACCGGUUGGUGACCACUGCUCUAGAAAGUUGAGUGAAGUUCAAUCUCGUGCUUCGCUCUGUGGGCUAACAUUUCAUCUGCUUGGCAGUCUCGGGGCUACUGCGCACCUCUUAGAGGGAACAUUGUCGACUAGUGUUAUUUCCUCUCUUGAUAAAUCCUCUUUUCCUGCACCCUUCACCCUUCCCCUCUCUUCUGCUUUUUCUUGAAAUCCCCCUCCCAAACUGCUUCGUAUACAGCAGUGACAGAGAGUCUGGUUGUUUGUUCAGGUGUGGCCAGGCUGUGUGUCCCCCUGUGGUUGCCGGCGGUAACUGUGUCAUAAGGCGCGCCUGUAUGGGGUUUGUUGUUGUAACCCUCCCCUCCGGAAUGGCCUUGAGCUCCCAGAGCCCUGAGGAUUACUCCUUCUUCCCCAGACAGCAUCAUCCAUCUAACAUCACUCCCUAUUCCCCGACAGCGUCAUCCAUUUAAUAUCACUCCCUCUUCCCCGACAGCGUCAUCCAUCUAACAUCACUCCCUAUUCCCCGACAGCGUCAUCCAUUUAAUAUCACUUCCUCUUCACCACACAGCAUCAUCCAUCUAACAUCACUCCCUCUUCCCCAGACAGCAUCAUCCAUCUAACAUCACUCCCUCUUCCUCAGACAGCAUCGUCCAUCUAACACCGCUCCCUCUUCCCCUGGAUGGCACAAUGUUAGGACCAUAGAGAUCCUAUUAAAUUACUAUUAUUAUUAUUCUAAUUCCUAAUUAGAAUUAGGAAUUGGUUAGGACACGUUCCCUAACUGCACAUUGUUACAGAGGACACACUCGCUAACCACACGUGGCUCCGUGUUAACUCCUAUUACUACUAACAUCAGAGCCGGCCCCCAUUUUACCCCCCUCUUCCCUCCACACAGUAAAGACUCAUGUGUUUUGGCAUCCUUCCUUAUGUAAUGCGCAGCACAGCAAACCCAUUCCAUAAAGUCUCCCCUUGGCCGUCUGUUCAAAGACACACAGAGUUGGUGGGCUCUUUCAAACGUUUGUUAUUUUUCAGCAAACAAGGCGAUAAAAAUCUGAUUGGGGCUGAGAUACGGAGGCAGGGAUGGUUACCUUGGAGAUAGGGUGGCUGGGUUGGAGAGAGAGAGAGAGGGUCCCUCCUUUUCUACCUCAACUUUUGCUUGUUUUGUACAGUCCAUCUCUAUUGUGACCAACAGGGCAGGGCUCAUUAGGUUUCAUAGAUUUUCCCAUUGAAAAUCAGCAUUAAUGUACUGAUAUAAAAAUGUCAACACAUUUACUACAUUCACAUAAAGAUUGGGAUUAUAUGAUAAUAUAAUGUGUUUUUUGUUUUAAAAAAGGAGUAAAUGGUGUAAUUCACAUGGUAAAAAAGCACUGCUGUCUGCAAUGAGAAUAAUACACUAUUAAGGUACACUACUUCAUAAUAAUAAUAAGGAACAUCAGUGCUCAACUCAAACCAAAGGAUCUACACUACAUGGGAAUAAUAGAAAGCGAUAGCUGUAAUGCGUCCAUGUUUUUUACUUCUACUGCUUAAAACCUACUUAAAACAAUGACUAAAUUAACCCCCUUUCCUCUCCUCCUUCCAUUGGUCCUCAGGUGCAUUCCCAACCAUAGAGUGUGCCUUACAGACAUGAUUGACUACCCCUGUCCCCAGUAUGAGUGUAUUGGUCGUCCCUCCGGCUGUGACAGGAUUCACAUGGACCCGGCCUGCGACACAGACAACGUGGAGCACCCCAACCUCUGUCAGCUCUUCCAGAUGGGCAAGGCCCUGGCCUAUAUGGGCCACUGUCAGGUAACAGCUAGACCAGGAGUAUUUAAAUAUGAAAUAUAGGUCCGGUCUACUGCUGGUUUUCUGUUCUACCUGAUCAUUAAUUGCACCCACCUGUUGUCCUAGGUCUAAAUGAGUCCCUGAUUAGAGGGGAAGAACGAAAAAACGCAGUGGAAACUGGCUUCGAGGUCCAGAUUUUAAUAUGAGGGAGCUAGACCCUGUCCUGUAUGGAUCAUUGUCGGGUAACAGUUUGACAGUUAGCCAAAGCAACUUGCUGAAGUAGAACAUUUAAAAGUCAUUCCCUGUCUCAAUCAAUUUAUCUGCUCUCCAAGCUUCCAUAACAUCUACACCAACAUGCGCUAAAUUGACUGUAAAUGUUGACAGUGUUUAAAGGCUUUUGGACAUUUCAAUACAUAUAAUUCAUUUGUGAUGAAAAGGCAUGUCAGAACUCAUAGGGAGAGGUAGCAAUAGGUAGCAUUGUAACACCUGCUAGAUAGCAUUAAACAGUCAGCUAUUUGAAAAUCAGCCUGAAACUAAAUCACCAUACUGGAGGGAGCUGCACAGUAUUUAGUCAAUCACACAGAGAUAAUCCCUGUUUUUAGAGCCUCUGAAAAGCUUUGCUCUGUUUGUGUUCGUGAACACUUAAAUGGAGAGCCUGCUGACAGAGGUAGGAUAACACAUCCCAGCUUUUGCAACACAAACACACACACAAAUACUCCAAAUGUGCAUACCAUACCGUCAGUAACUGAUGGAGUAUUUAUCUUUUUGCCUUGACUUAUGAGAGGAGGCAGAUAUCCCAGCCCACCAAAAUCUGAAAUCCCCCAUGGUAUUGUCUAAUCAACUCAUAUGUUGCAUUUAGGUUCUUAGUCUGCCCAUACACUUAGACAUAUACAUCUCCUGUGUAGGACUGUGCUUGAAUAUGAUAUAGACAAAAUCCCCCCAUGUUUGUGUGUGUGUGUUUGUGAAAGUGGAGAAUUCAAGUUGAAAGUUGAAUUAAAGUGGUUUGUUAGUGUUUAGGGCCUGGUAGGAUCAUGUUUCUCCAUUGCGGUCGCUCGCAGCGUCAGCCUGAUGGCGUCUCGCCUCGGUAGCUCUGAGCAGUGGCUCCAUCAGUGGAACAGGCCGGAUUGGGUUUUAUAUCCGUUUAAGGCAGACGACAACCCAUUAAAAACCCACUUCAGUCCUGGUGUCAAGUCGCCAAACCAAGAGGCACGCAAUCAGACCGUUUGCAGUGAUGUAGGAGAACUUAACUGCCCUCCCCCUCUCUGAUAAUAUUGCUGAGAUACAGAGCAAUUCAAAGAAACCAAAUACAUCUGGUGUGAUAUAUAAACAAUGGCCUCCCUAGGUAACUAAUUGGAGUAAUUUACCUUGAGUAAGUUUAUCUGGAUGUGAGUGAUGUAUUAUGAAGAGUAGGAAGGUGACGUGUAUUUACGUUUUAAUAUAUGAUAUUUUCCACAAAAUACAUUAAUAAGGGCUGAAUCCUAACUCAAACUUUCUUGUGUCUGUGUAUGUGUUUGUGUUCUGUGCAGGACGCCUGUAAAAAGGCGCGGCCUGUGUGCGGCCACAACGGCGAGACGUACAACACAGUGUGCGAGGCCUACUCGGACCGCGUUGCCGUGGACUACCAGGGGCGGUGCCACGCCGUGGGGGCAGUGGCAGAGUUUGCCUCUGACUCAGGCUGUGACAUGAUCCCCUGCCCCGCCCUGUCCACCCCGGGCUGCAUCCCUGUCACACCACCCGGUCAGUACAAUAAAGACAGAAAUGAUAUAAUAUCUCAUGUUUUAUUUAAUUCUGUGGUCAGUACACUCAGUGGCGCAACCACAUUCACUUUGACAUAUAAGUCUUUCAUGUUAUACUGAGGAUUUUUCCCCACAGGAACACAAAUCUUAUUAAGAUAAUGUUGUGAUUGACUCCUAACCUCUGACCCCUGACCUCUUGGUGGUAACCCCUCCUAUCACAGGCGCCUGCUGUCCUCUGUGUGCGGGCAUGCUGCAGAUCCUGUGGAACCAGGAGCAGAUGAACAACUUCGCUAAGGUCAGCGUCUUCUGCUAUGCUCCUCACUUAUCUGGGUCCCAGGCUGUGUUCCAUUUCAGAAAAGUUGUCCCCUUCCCUUUCACUCACUCACUUUUCCAACCAGCUGGCUGGUUUGUUGUAUUUGUAUGGAUUUUAACACUAUAAAGAGGAUUGAAAGGUUCCCUGUUGUAUUAUAUAUUAUAUAGAAUUCAAUUCUCAAUGUUGAAAAAUGACGAACAAAUUGUUUUGCUGCAUAUCUGAAUCUAAACUGUGGACACUCCUUUGUGGAUUGGAGACGACUGUCUAGGUAUAAGUAGGGUUGCAAAAUUUAGGACAAUUUCAAUAAAUUCCCUGGUUUUCCAGAAAUUAUUUUUGGAGGAUUCCGGAUUUCCUGCUUAUUCCCUCCUAAUUCCCAGAAUCCUCAAAAUUGAGAUUUAGGAAAAACGUAAAAAAGUUCCCGACAAUUUGCAACCCUAGGUAUAAGCAAUAGCUCCACCAAGUGCAGUAUGCUGUGUGCAGGCUUUUGUUACAGCUUCUACACACUAGAUUCCGCUAAUCAAGGGCAUAGAAUCAGGUAUGUUAGAGCAGGGCUGGAAUAAAAGCCUGCAAACCCAGUUGAGUAGGUCUCCAGGAGAGGGAUUAGCCACCCCCUCUGCAACGACGGUUGAUUUUGUACUGUAAUGACACCAAAUGACCACUAGAGUGAGGCAUAGAUCCAAAAUACCAAGCAUCAACAUCACAUGUCUUCCUCUGGAAUUCUUCGCAAGUUCGAAAUUACUUGGUCGGGCCACAGCUUAAGAGCAAAUACCCAGAAAUACCUUGUAUACAUGCUUAUAACAGCUAAUAAGCUAAAACAAACAUGACAUUCAAAGCAGAUUAAUUAUAAACCUGGGCUAUUAGUCUAAUCUCAAACAUUUUAUUAACGUUAAGUCUAGACCAUAAGCCUGCUAAUUCCUAACAAAUUACCUUUGGAUUUGGGGCUAGACGACAUGACUCACUCAGACAAGCGAUGGAUAUACACAUCAUCGUUUCCCAACCUAUCCUCCAUAUUGGUGUCAAACAUUCCAUGACAGCAGGCACUAUACUGUAAGACAUUCAUUGCACUUUCAACUACUGUUCAUAAAGGUAUUUCAUGUUUGUUAUUAAUUGGGAAUGAAUAACAUGUGUUUACCACAUACAGAACAAACAUGAAUAAACCUGCUGUUCAGUUUUCCUUUAUCUGCAAUGAAUUGAAUCUCAAACUCCUCCCCCUCUGGCUCUGGUUCUGUGCAACUGUGUAUGUCCUUCUGGUUUGGUGUUGCAGUUGAACAGGAAGCAGCCAGUGACGGUCCAUGACAUCCUGAGGAUCCUGCGUCUCCACAUCUCCGUGCCGCAGUGUGACAUCUUCGGCUACCUGAGUAUCGACUCAGAGAUCAUCAUCCUCAUCGUCCCCGUGGACCAGCAGCCCACCCCGCUGCAGGUACACACACAUACGCAGACACUGAGCUAGCUGGUUUGCAGUGCACGCUAAUAGCAUUCAAUCGGUGAUGUCACCAGCUCUGAGACCUUGAAGUAGACUUUCCCCUUGCUCCACAAGGGCUGUGGCUUUUGUGAAGUGAAAGGUAACGAUGCUUUGUGGGUGUUCAGAGGGUCCCUGGUUUGAGCCCAGGAUGGGGCAAGGAGAGGGACGGAAGAAACAGUGUUACAGGUACACCCGGAGACAGACAGUGGUACACUUAUAGAAAGAUUUUGCACAAUUUCACUCUCACACAAACACACGCAUGUUGCAUGCACACACUCUCUGUCUCUCUCUCUCUCUCUCUCUCUCUCUCUCUCUCUCUCUCUCUCUCUCUCUCUCUCUCUCUCUCUCUCUCUCUCUCUCUCUCUCUCUCUCUCUCUCUCUCUCUCUCUCUCUCACAGAGACCUGUCGACUGUCCUUCAUUCACAAUAGAUAAGCCUGGUUCUCUGGCUACAUGAGCUUCCUCUCAGAAUGACAACAGUUGAUUCCCUGCUUGUAGGGCUAUUCUUCAGUGUUCCAAAGCCAAGUAGUGCACUAUAUAGGGAAUAGGGUGCCAUUUGAGACACAUCCUUUGUUUUACGUCCUGGUUAAUGCAUGACCUGGGGCCCAAUCGGCAUAGCAUACAAUAAACCUUAGGGCCAGAUCAUCCCAUCAUGGUGUUGUGAGCGCUUUUGUUUCCUACACAGAACUGAGCCCUCUGUUUCUCCACCCCCAUCCUCAACCCACACUCCCAUGCUCUUCUAUGAGCACAGUGGAUUUCACAGUGAUUACAGCAGAAGAGAGGAGGCAUUUGUUAACAAGCUGAUCGCUCACACAGAGGAUGCCCACAGGGCAGUGUUUAGAGACAUGGGAUAUUCCGUAAUGGGGGUGGAGGGCAGCACUGGUACUCGGAAUGCAAAAAAAAUUAAACUUUUGUGAUUAUUUUCUCAUAGAUUCUGAAAAGAGAUCAUGAUUAUUUUGAUUUAUAUUGUGCUUAUAUCUCAAACUCAAAAAAUAUGUUUGGUGGUAACCGUUUCACCACCAAUGUACCAGCUGGUGUGAUGCAGGACCGCCUAUUAUCUCUCUCUCUUUCUCUCUCUCUCUCUGGGUCCUCCUGUUUUAAAUGUAGUUCAGAUAACAUGUUUUGACAUGCUUGUGGUUUGUCUGAUGGGGUUAAUGGAGAGGAGCGUAGUGAGUUGUGACACAGCCUGUAGACCAGCCUUCUGAUGGCUCUGUAGGGAAUAUGAACUAAUGGUUCAGUCAGACAGAUGUCCCAGGGGUGUUUGUUCAGUACAGUGAAAUGUUUGAAUAGAGCUGCCUGAAACAUCUCCCUAUUUUACAUGAGAGACAAUCAUAUCUGUUCUGCAACAAUACAUCCAUUGCUGUCUGUAUGUUCUGUAACGUUGGGCCCUCCUGAACAGGGACUUUAUCGGGAGGGCACAGGAGUCAUAAUAAACAUGUCUGGGCCAAUAUUUCCUGUUAUUUAUUCAACUGCCAUCUCCAGUUCUUUCUAAAAAUUGGUUUAAUUUCAAUGACUAAGCUGGAUAAAUAAAGGUUAAACACCAAGAUUUUCAAAACGCCUCAUGAGACCAGAGACUGCGAUGAUGAACGAGAGACCCAAACCCCCUCUUACUGAGGGACUAAUCAAAGUCCUCUCUCAGAAUCUCUCUCACUCCACUGGGACAAAUCAUCCGAUUUCUCAUCACUACCAUCUAGGGUGAAACCCCCAAUUAAGUUAUUUUUCACACCCUUUCCACCCAUUUUAUUGCUAUCUGCAAAAACAGCCCUGAGCGAUAAUGAUCGAUGCAAACCGGCAAAUGGAGGUCACAGCCAGCCUUGCAUCAUUCUCUCUAUGACUCUAUUCAUAGAAACUAUUUGUCAUUAUGUGGGCUUUUAGGUGGUUCGUUAGGAAUGUUUCAUACACAAAUAAAGAGCCUAGUUUGUCACAUGUUUGUACCAAUAUAACAUGUUUGUAUCUGCCAUUUUCAGAAGGGAAUAAAGAUACAAACAAAACAAAAGUAUAAAAAACUAUGGGAGGAGGACUGUGUGUCUGUAAACUUCACCUGAUCAUUGUUUGUGUGUAUCCCGUCUCAGAUUGAAGCCUGCAGUAUGGAGGCGGAGAAGAUCGACUCACUCAUCAACUACGGCAGCCCCACCCUGGUCUCCCAUGUUCCUCUGUCUGCCUUCCUCACCUCCGAGGUCUCCAUAUCCACUAUCAGGUCUGCGGGCCACGCCAACUCCACACCCUCCUCCCUGCCCAUCUUCUUCUGCCUCGCCCUGGGCCUCUUCUUCACUUUAGCACCAGGCCUGCCCGAGGCCUAGCUAGCCUCUACUAGCCAGCCAGGCCCCGCUGGCAGGAGACUGGGUGUGUUGCGGAGUAUUCUGACCCCUUCUCGGGUCAUUGCCUGACAGGAAGCAUCAGCCUGUAAAAGCCUUGACAAUCAAUCCUAUUAACUCUACUGCACCAGCGUCAACACAAUCAUGGACGAGAACCUAUGAGAUGAAUCCUAAUUGAAAGAGAGAAGUGGAGACACAAUCACAUUCCAGCUUUGGUUCCACAGAGCUCUAUAUAUCGUUAUAAGGAAGAUGAGUUUUUAUCACACAGUGUUUUGUAUCCGUUUUAUACUGCAACAGUAGCUCUCUCCUCCUCUAAAGCUGUGGAGGGGUGUGUGUGUGCGUGGGAGUGCGGGCGUUUGCCUGCGUGCGUGUGCGCGCAUGCAUGCAUGGUGUGUGUGUGUGUUUGUGUGUAUGUAUGUGUACACACACGUGUUUGUGUGUAACACAGAGAGAGAGAGAGGAGCCAGGUGGUUGAGUCUCAGAGGGGGAGUCAGGUCUAGAUGUCAGACAGGUGUGCUCCCAAACACUGAUAUUUGUCCCGACAUUUGUCCCAGAUGGUCUCAGAGGUCUAAUUACCC